GACAGGUUCAUGGUGAAUAUGUUAGAAUUAGAAUGUAGAAUAAUAAUUUUAAUGAUAAGUAUUAUUAAAGGAAGAACAAAUUUCAGUAAUGAUGAUUUACCUAUUUCAAGCCUCACUUUCGAUAUUCAGGAGUCAUCUUUACCAACUUUACCUGAUAAUCCACUGAAAGAGAGAUUGAGCUCCCACCUCACCUUUUUUACUCCACUAGAACAGAUACAGAUACACAAUAGAAUAUCACCAGAUGGAACACGCUGCUUGUUUAAGAACUCUGAGAUGAUACUAAACCAGCCAUCACCUUGCAGUCCAGAUGUUAAAAAGUUUAUAAAUGCUGAUGAGGACUUGAAGGGUAAAACAUGUAUCUGCACUAGAAAGGAGGAUGGAGGUAUGAGUAUUGUUGUGAAUGAGAAGAUUGUGACAGAAGAGUCAAAUAACUUUCAAAUCAAUGGUUCUCAAUGUGAUAUAGCAGGAAUAUUAAUACCCUUCAACGUUACAGUACCUUGCAGAAAGGAAUUUAAUAGAGUUUUAAAUUCCUCUGAGGAUGUUACAGAAAUGAACUGCACGUGUGCAAAGAAAGAGGACGGAGGUAUUCGUCUGACUGCCACAAAAUUAAUGAGAGGUCAAGAUGAUACAAAGGCGAAGGGAAAACUUUCCGAAGAUGGUGAAUACUGUGAGUUUGGUGAACUUGUGAUCAGGCUAAACCAGACUGUACCCUGCUCACCAGAAAUAUCAAGGUUUCUUAAUGAAACCAAGGACCAAAGUCUUAAGUUCUGUAAAUGCAUCAAAACACAAAACGGUGAUAUAAUUGUUACUGCGAAGGGAAAUAUGCAUUUGCAGAAACCUUUGAAAGACCUGAAACCAAGCGGACAAGGCAAGCUCUCAAAAGAAAUCAGUGUUGGUACAUCUCAAAAUGAGCCAGAAUUAAAAUCAGAUAAUGGAAAGGAUACAAUCGGCUCAAUGGCUACUGGAAUAUAUAAUUCAACAACUGCGAAUUCUACAAUGAGCCCUGAAACAACGACCAAGACAGAACAGAGUUUGGGUGAACUUUCGGAAGAUGGAACGGCGUGUGUGUUUGGAGAAAGAAGAAUAAAUCUAAAUGAAACAAUUCCUUGCUCUCGAGAUAUUACAAGUGUAUUUGAUGAGACAGAAGAUAUAUCCAAUGCACUUUGUACAUGCUAUAUAAGAGAGGAUGGAAAAGGAAUCAUUGUCGAAGCUAUCACUAAGGGGGAAAUGUCAGAUCAGGCUGAAUUGGAAGAGAAAAAGAAGGGAAAGCUGUCUGAAGAUAAAACUGCUUGUGUGUUUGGAGAAAUUCAGAUUAAAGUAGACGAGGCUGGACCUUGUAUUCCGGAAAUCAUGAGCUUGUUUGCUGAUGGACAGAUGAAUCAUUAUUCUAAUAUGAGUUGUAUUUGCUCAGCUAAACCUAAUGGAGACAUCAAUAUCUCAAUGACUGGAAUGAAGGAAGCAGUAACCAAAGAUCCAGACACAAAAGAUCCAUAUCAGUGAAGGACUUGAUAACGGAAAAUUGAAACAGAAGAAUUUUAAAAAAUGUGUUUUUGUAAAAUACGAUAUCUAUGUAUAUUCUUUUAUCAAAAUAUAUGUAUCAUGAUUAUAAUAUGAAA